CCAACUUUCACUGUUUCACGUAACUGCGUUUACAGACUCCAACUCCUCCAUCAAGAAACUUGACAUCCAGUUCAGUUUCUUGCACACAAAGAAGUGUCUUUUUUGGUUUUCAGAGACACCAUUCAUAUAAAGACUCUUAACUUUCACAUUACUUGCAUUCAUACACUUGGGUUCUGACUCAAUCAAGAAUCAGCAAGUCCACCAGGGUUUCUUAAGUUUGUUGCCGAAAACUUAAGCCGUACAAGUAUCUUUUACUCCUAAUUCUUAUAUAAACUUCGAGUAGGUGAACCAAAGCACAAAACCAUAUAACACCCGCCUUCUCUUUCUCCCACAAGAUUCUAACUUGAUCAUCCAUAUACUGAUCAGAUCCUCAUUUGAUCAAGUAAUCGAAAAAGACAGCAUUAGGGUUGGGUUUCUUUGAGUUUCAGAAGGGCCUUUUGUGUUGUUGUGGGUCAUUUAGGUUUUCAAAAGGGUGAUUAGAAGCAGAUUAAGUAGUUAAAAAAGGCAAUGGGGUACCUUCAAUCUUCAAGUGCAAGCACUGGUGCUAACUCACACUUGUACUCUCAAGCACUUCAAAUGAAAUUAUACCAAGCAUUCAUAUUUUCUAUCCCCAUACUCUUCUCUAUAAUACUUUUUCUCUUGUUUUACUUGUUCUACCUCAAAAGGACUUUUAGUAGCACCCAUUCUUCAUCUUCUUCUGCAUCCAUACUCCCUUCAAGAAAUCAAGAUUCCUCAACUCUCCCUCAAUAUAGUGAAAUGGGAUUGAAGAUAAACCUUGAAGACAGGCUUACUGUGAUCUUGUUCGAUGAAGAUUUAUACGCGAAAGAUUCAAUGUGUUGUGUUUGUUUGGGGGAAUUCGAGAUGAAUGAGAAGCUACAUCAAAUACCAGCUUGCCAACAUGUGUUCCAUGGUGAUUGCAUACGAAACUGGAUCCAUUCGAACACCACAUGCCCACUCUGCAGAUGCUCAGUCAUCAGUGCCGCCGCCAAAGACGGCCACCACGAGCCGCUAGUGGUUCCUGAUCAACCAACCACCGCGAUCAACCUGAGCUCAAACCCACAAGGGGUUCCUUUAGAACAUAGUGUGAUCAUAUUUGAAGGGUCAUCUAGUUCAAGUAUGGACGACAACAAGUUGUGUCAUCCAAUUGAAGAAUCCGUUGUUGUCACUGUUCGAAUCCAUGAUUCUUGAUCUUUCAUUCAGGGAAUUUUGCUAGAAGGGUAGAAUAGUCAUUAGUCUAGAUGAAUUUAUACAUCAAUGAUGUACCAAGUGUUAUCCAAGUUGUACGUAUAAGAUGACUCAUGUUGGUAAUAAGCCAUCUUUUUUGUAAGUUGGCAGAACAA